AUGGAGGGAGGGGGCUCGUCGCCGGCCAUUGUCCAAGUUGGUUCCUCCCUUCGCCGACCUCUUGUCAUUGACAUGGAGGCUGCCCGCAAGGCCGUCAGCGGACUCCUGGUGGUGGGGCGCCUCCUGUCCCCUUUCCAGGUCAAUCCGAGGGUCAUACUUGACGACCUCCGGAGCACGGCUUGGAAGAACCAGGGUGUGGCGCAGCCAUGGCACUUCAAGCGGGACGGCCUCAUCUUCGCCGAGUUCGACGGCAAGGGCUUCCCGGCGGAGGUCGACCUUGGCGUCAUGACCAUAUGGGUCCAGGUAUGCGAUCUCCCGUUCGAGUUUAAGACGGAGAGCGUAGGGUGGUCCCUCGAGGAUCAACUGGGAGAGGUGCUGGAGGUUUCGCACAGUAACCAUGUAAUUGUUGAGAAAUAUCUACGUCUGCGGGUGAAGAUAUUAUUGCAUGAGCCUCUGAAAUGCUCUGUAGAGAUUACCCCUUUAGGUAGUUCAAAGAUCUUUAAAUAUGAUGUAAAGUAUGAGAAACUACCUUUGUACUGUGAGUGUUGUGGGAUAGUUGGUCAUACUUCAGAGAGGUUUUGUAAAAUUCCAAGAGAGGAGAGAGUAGUUCGUUUUCCAAGAAACCUUAGUGUUGAGCCCUACUGGAAGAGCCAAGGUGCUAGCAGGAGGGGUCUCCUCUUCAGGAACUACGUUCGCGGCGGCAACAACUCGACUACAGGCAUCGUCAACAACAACAUCGCCAAGGCCACAGACGUCAUCAAGGUGGCCACUGCCGUGAACGGGCUCAUGGUCUCCGAUAAGGGGGCCACUACUUCCGUCAAGACGAACACCGGCCAGGAGGGCCGGACUCAGGGGACUGUGGCACCUACCCCGGCGGGUGCGCCGCUUGGUCAGGAGGACCAGGCGGGCGCGCUAGCCGAUCCUAGCGGACGGGGCCAGGAGGUCCAGGGCCGCGUGACCAUGCUGGAGUCGCGCCAGAAUGCGGAGGUUGACCAAACAAAAAAUCCUAUGCGAGGCAAUUCAAAAAAGAAAGAAAAAAAGAAAGGGGGCCCAAACAGAGCUGAGGAUGCUCGCAAGCAAGUGCUAGGGAAAAAAAGGGGGCAUUCUUUUGGGGCUUGUCCAACGGGCAGUGACUUAGAGUUUGCUUUUGAGAAAGAGAUGGAUAGUUAUGAGCGCAUCUUAUAUGGUGAUGUAAACGUCUCAUCCAAACGGGUGUGCACGGGUAGAGUUGUAGCUGUCGAGGAUGAGGAGGGCGGGGUUACACAUGUUGCAAAGGAGACUGGUGAGAAGGAGGAAGAGUACGCGCCGCGAGGUGGGGAAUCAGUUGGCGAAGACAAAGAUGAGAUUGGCACAUUGGCGGCCUCUGAGGAGGAGGACCGCCGGGCCAAAUGA